AUGAUUGAGAUGAAGGAUAAAUUAUAUUUGAAAAUCAUUAAUUUUAAUUUCAAUCUGGCAGAAGCAUCAUAUGCUGACUUAGAGAAAUUAGUACAGAUUUUAAAAGGAAAUACAUUAAAUAAUUGGAAUGCUUUGAAAAAUUCUUAUUUGUUAAAGUCGGAAAAAGUGAUGAAUUGGUGGAGGCAAGAAAUUAAGGAUUUUAAUGAAAAAUUGAAGAAAGAAAUUGUGUCAUUAUAUAAGUAAGUAUUUAAACCUAUUCAAGAUUUUAAUAAAAUUAAUAAGAAGAAAAUUUUUAUGAGUGUAAAGAAGAUCUGUAUGAGAUCUUAUUUACACAAAAAAUAUAAAUGGAUAAAUUUUCAAAGGGAUUAUGGAUAUACUUAAAAAAAGAGAAAAUUUCAGAUUGCCUAAAAUUACUUUCGAAUAUGGAUUCCUAAAAACUUUAUUAUCAAAAUAUUGAUAACAAUAUAAAGAUGAAUGAUCUUUAAAAUAACAUUCUGAAAAUUGCAAAAAUUAUCUGA